UGGUUUGAUCACUUUUUAAAUUUGAAGCGACUGCACUGGUUUACGACAGCAAUACGCUUUACGGCAUCACGGUAGCAAAAUGGCGUCUGGCAGUGCGUCCAAGAAUGAUUUUCGUCGUAAAUGGGACAAAGAUGAAUAUGAACAGCUGGCCCAGAAACGACUCACGGAAGAGAGAGAGAAAAAUUCAGGCAAGCCUGUGCCCCCAGUCAAGCGGGAGCUUCUCCGCCACAGGGAUUAUAAAGUGGAUCUGGAGUCAAAACUGGGGAAGACUCUCGUCAUCACAAAGACCACACCACAGGCUGAGAUGGGAGGGUAUUACUGCAAUGUCUGUGAUUGUGUAGUAAAAGAUUCCAUCAAUUUCUUGGAUCAUAUCAAUGGUAAAAAACAUCAGAGAAACCUGGGAAUGUCCAUGCGAGUGGAGCGCUCUUCAUUGGAUCAAGUUAAAAAACGUUUUGAAGUAAACAAGAAAAAACUGGAGGAAAAGCAGAAGGAGUAUGAUUUUGAGGAAAGAAUGAAGGAGUUGCGAGAGGAGGAGGAGAAAGCGAAAGCCUACAGAAAAGAAAAGCAAAAGGAAAAGAAAAGAAAGGCAGAAGAAGAUCUCAACUUUGAAGAUGAUGAUGAAAUGGCUGCUGUGAUGGGAUUCUCAGGUUUUGGAUCCUCCAAAAAAGGCCACUGAUCACUCAUUUUAAAAGUUUGCUCACCAAGGCCUUCUGUGAAUAGGUAUCCCUGAACUGUAUGAAAAUUUU